AUGCCGGUGCCAAACAGCCUGCGCUGCCUCGUGCGGCCGUCGACAGGGCUCCCCGUUUCGAUACCACGAACUGCAGCUUCCCUCGGGGUGCCUUCCGCUGGCCUUCUAGGGACUCCUCUCCUCGCUGCCGCGUCCUUCUCAACAACAAGCUCCAGGAGUGAAGGGGCGAGCGGCAUCGCCAAAAACCACCACCGCGGCGGGAAAAAGACCUUCACGGUCAAGAAGAAGGCAUUCGUCCUCGAGCGGGGCAAGUCCCCGCUGCCCGGCGAGCGCAAGGCCUACCGCAAGCGCAUCAUCCUCAGUAACGACAACGCUCUCGCCGUGCCGUGGCUGACCGACCUGGGGCCUGCCGAGCUGUCCAACGAGAACAAUGUCGCCCGCGUCAUGGGUAUUCCGGAAGAGGUGCAGGACCAACUGCGAGCCAGCGAGGCUUUCAAAACGACGCAGUGCUGGCGCAUGUUCAGGAAGCCGGCUGUGCUGGUGCGCAAGGAGACGGUUGAUUUGACAAGGCGGAUGGAUCGAGCGGCUCAGAACAAUGAGAUGUUGCGUUUGGUCGUGACGGGUGACAAGGUGGCUGGCAAGAGCUUGAUGCUGCUGCAGGCGAUGACACACGCGUUUCUCAACGACUGGGUCGUGAUCCAUAUUCCAGAGGCCCAGGAACUGACAACGGCUUGCACCGAAUACGCCCCGAUACCCAACACCGACCCCCUCCAAUACAUGCAGCCGGUGUACGCCCUCAAGCUCAUCCAAGCCAUCAAAAAGGCCAACGAAAAGGUCCUCUCCAAAACCUUCACCCGCAACGCCCACCCUCACCUCCCACAAAACAUCCCCGCCAACACCCCCCUCCUGACCCUCGCCAACGUGGCCAAGGAGUCCGAAGCCGCCUGGCCCGUCUUCCAAUCCCUCUGGGCCGAACUAACCGCCCAGGGCGUCGCCCGUCCGCCCAUCCUGCUCAGCAUCGACGGCCUCGCCCACAUGAUGAAGAUCUCCGACUACCGCACCCCGGCCUUCGACCUCAUCCACUCGCACGACCUGGCCCUCGUCCGGCUGUUCGCCAACGCCUUCGGUGGCGGUCUCAAGCUGCCUGCGGGCGGCGCCGUGAUCGGCGCUACCAGCCGUAGCAACGCGCCCCGCUGCCCGAGCCUGGAACUCGCUGUUUCCCGGCGUGAGGUGGAGCAGCGCAUCGAGGCUAGCAGCAAGGCGGCCGGUUCCGGUUCCGGUGCCGAGACUACCGCUACGGCUACGGAGGAGGUUCCGCAGCGGGAUCCGUACUUCCGCGGGUAUGAUGACCGUGUUGAGGCGGUGCUGCGAUCGGUCGAGGUGCUUCGUGUCGGCGCGAUUGACAAGAACGAGGCGCGUGCUGUGAUGGAGUACUGGGCGGCUAGUGGUAUGUUCCGCUCGGUGGUGGACACGAAGACGGUCACGGAGAAGUGGACGUUGGGUGGGAAUGGGGUGUUGGGUGAGAUGGAGCGGGCGUCGUUGUUGAGUAUGCGCAUGUGA